AGAGCAGGCCUCGCGAGAUCUGGCUUCUUGCCCCUGACAGGCGGGAGUUCUGUUCCGGGGCUAUGGGAGGGCUCUGGCGUCUAGGAUGGAGCCGCGUCGCUUUCUGCGGCUGGCCCUGGAGCCACCUAGGGGCCCCGACCAGGGCCGCGGAGAGGAUAGAGCCGUGUCUCGGGCACGGCAGGAGCGGCACAGGAGGUGCUGAGAGGGGACUGAGGCGGUUGGGGACAUGGAGGCGCCCAAGCCUGGCAGUGCAGCCGCUCCGGCGGCCGAAGAGUACGAACCCCUUCACGCGCGAGCAGGAGGAGGAUUGGCGGCGGCGGAACAAGACGGUCCUCACGUACGUGGCCGCUGCGGCCGUGGGCAUGCUGGGGGCGUCCUACGCCGCCGUGCCCCUUUACCGGCUCUAUUGCCAGACUACUGGACUUGGAGGAUCAGCAGUAGCAGGUCAUGCAUCAGACCAGAUUGAAAACAUGGUACCUGUUAAGGAUCGCAUCAUUAAAGUCACCUUUAAUGCAGAUGUGCAUGCAAGUCUCCAGUGGAACUUUAGACCUCAGCAAACAGAAAUAUACGUGGUGCCAGGAGAGACUGCACUGGCGUUUUAUAAAGCUAAGAAUCCUACUGACAAACCAGUAAUUGGAAUUUCUACAUACAAUGUUGUACCAUUUGAAGCUGGACAGUAUUUCAAUAAAAUACAGUGCUUCUGUUUUGAAGAGCAAAGGCUUAAUCCACAAGAGGAAGUAGAUAUGCCAGUGUUUUUCUACAUUGAUCCUGAAUUUGCUGAAGAUCCAAGAAUGGUGAAUGUUGAUCUCAUCACUCUUUCUUAUACUUUUUUUGAAGCCAAAGAGGGGCAGAAGUUGCCAGUCCCAGGCUAUAAUUGAAGUCAGCAACUAAGUCCUGCUUCAGAUUUGUGAUUUUUGAAAAAUCAUGUAUCUUGUCUUCUCAGAAGAGAAAUAUUUACAAUAACGUGAAGCCUCCUAUUUUAAAUAUUAUGUAUCAAUGGUUCUUUUUCUCCCAACUUAUUUACCCUACAUUAGAAUGUAUGACUAUUUGAAACCAUACCUGGAAUUUAAGUAGUAUUAAAAAAAACUGCUUUGUUUCUUAAA